GUACUAUGGUGACGUCAUUUACGCGCGAAAAAACGCUGCGGCUUAAUGCAGCGCUGGUCUCGCGCGUGUUCAGGUUGUAGAGUUAUUUCUAGUUAUUUUUUAGACUUUUAGAGUGAACCUUCAGUGAAUGUUAUAGUGUAGAGCAGUUUGACGGAAUCAGAUUAACGCACAUUAAUUAAAUAUAAAGGAGUCUUAAUAAAGGAAAAAUGAGUCCCUAUGCCACAAGACUGCGUGUGAGAAGAACUUACUCCUGGCCUGGAAAACCUAUCCGUGAAGACCGAAAGCUGAAGAGACACCAUCAUGAGUCUUUGACUAUAUCUGUAGAAGGACGGCCGGAUGGUGCGCAGGUGUCUGUAGGUCAGUGUAUUCUGAUCGAGGGAGAGGACAACGAUAACCCGUACGUCGCACAGCUGCUCGAGCUGUUCUGUGAUGAUACAGGGAAGGAGAAGAGAGCGGUGGUGCAGUGGUUUGUGCGAAUGUGUGAGAUACCCCACAACAAAAGGAAGUUACUGGGCCGGGACCCUCAUCCACAAGAAAUCUUCUACUACGAGGAUCGCUCCUGUGAAACCGAAGUGGACGCUCAGACUAUACUGGGAACAGUUGAGAUUAAACACAUUCCCCCUGAGGAUCAAUUCCCAGAUGACAACAGCAAAGACACUUUGUUUGUUAAACUUAUGUGGGACACUAAGAAAUGUGGAGUUAUGGAUCCUCAGUUGAUUAAGCCACCUCAAAGCCCCAAGUCUUCACCCCCAGCUCAGCAUGCACAUAGACUCCGUGCUCUUCCCACCCCGGACCCCUGCGUGAUGAAGCGAGCCAUGUCUGGUAUGAACACCCGUGGCUGCAUGAGCACCGGCAAGAUGGGUUCCACCGAGGCUGAAUCGGCACACUCCGCCUCCAAGCUGUCUGCCGCCAAACUCCUGAACGUGAAGAGGAGAGGCAGAGUCUCAUCCAACUCGAACAUCCGCAAGAAGCUUGACCUUUGCAGUCCAGUGAAGAUCUCUAGAGAUUUUCUUGGGGAGAGAUUGGAUGAUGACCAGGAGACGGAAGAAGUUAUGGCCAGCAAACUUUGUGCUUCACCUUGUCGCAUCACCAUCAGACUGACUCCCCUCCCAUUCGCUGUCAUUAACAAAAAUUCCACUGAUGAUGAGAAUCUGUCCAUCCAGCCUCUGCAAAGCCCACAGAAGCCCAGUCACUCUGCAUGUGAUAACACCUCCACCAGGGACUUGCUCGGGGUCGAGCCUCUGGAUGACGAUGUGUUUGAGUCAGAGGCGCUCAUAAGUAAAGGCAGAACUCCUCGUAGGCGAGAGGCCACUCCCAGGAGAACUGGUUUGAGGGGACAUAACGUGAGAACGCCAUCUAGGAGGAGAGAGUCGGCUACAGCCAGAGAGCCUGCUCUUGCGGUGCUGGCUGAAGAGCAGGAAGACUCACCUGUGCAAACUAAUGCCACUCCACGCUCCAAGAGAAAAUCUGCCCAGCUUGUGUCCUCUCUCAUUCGAAAGCAGCUGCUGACUGAAUGUGGCGAGUUGCAGUCGGACGGGGAAGACGCUGAUGACGACGGCUGUUUCGUACCCUCUAAGAUCGAUCUGGAGAGCAGCAGUGAAGAUGAAGGGGAGGCGAAAAUAGACAGUGAAGACGAGCUCGUGGUGAAGCGGAGUAGGCGCUCGGCAGGUCCGAGAACGCCGUUGACUGAAAAGACUCGCACUUCUGCAAGAACUCCUCGCAAAACUCCUAAUAAAAAGCCUGCUCCCCCGGUUCCUCGUACACCACGUCAUGCCACUCCCAGCAUUCCUAGCAGGAGUUUGCCAGCCAGGAAACCUGGGAAUGUAUUGGAGGAAGCAAGGGCAAGAUUGCAUGUGUCUUCGGUCCCUGAGUCUCUGCCAUGUCGUGAACAGGAGUUUCAAGACAUCUACAAUUUUGUGGAGAGCAAGAUCAUGGAUGGCACUGGAGGGUGUAUGUAUAUCUCCGGCGUUCCUGGCACAGGAAAGACUGCCACAGUGCAUGAGGUCAUUAGGUCUCUGCAGCAGGCAGCAGAGCAGGAGGAGAUCCCAUCAUUCAGCUUCAUCGAGAUAAAUGGCAUGAAGAUGACGGACCCUCAUCAGGCCUAUGUGCAGAUUCUGCAGAAACUGACCGAUCAGAAAGCGACGGCAGACCACGCUGCCGCCCUGCUGGAGAAACGCUUCAGUACACCAGCACCGAAAAAGGAAACUACAGUGCUGCUAGUAGAUGAGCUGGACCUUUUAUGGACCAGGAAGCAGAACGUCAUGUACAAUUUAUUUGACUGGCCAACGAGACGGCAUGCUCGCUUGGUGGUCCUGACGAUCGCUAACACUAUGGACCUGCCUGAGAGGAUCAUGAUCAACCGUGUAGCCAGUCGCCUGGGGCUGACACGCAUGUCCUUCCAACCGUACACGUUUAAGCAGCUGCAGCAAAUUAUUACAUCGCGAUUGAAUAAAGUAAAAGCUUUUGAGGAAGAUGCUCUUCAGCUGGUCUCCAGAAAGGUUGCUGCUCUUUCCGGCGAUGCACGACGCUGUCUUGAUAUCUGCAGGCGUGCUACGGAGAUCUGUGAGCACUCCAGUCAGAAGGGUGAUGUCGGACUGGUUGGAAUGGGUCAUGUGAUGGAAGCUUUAGACGAAAUGUUUUCUUCCUCGUACAUCACAGCUAUUAGGUGUGCCUCUUUGCAGGAACAGCUUUUUCUGAGGGCUGUGAUCGCAGAGUUUCGCAGACUGGGACUUGAAGAGGCCACCUUUCAGCAGGUCUUCAUACAGCACCAGGCCCUGUGUCGGGUAGAAGGGCUGCAGCCAGUCAGUGUGUCUGAGAGCCUUGCGGUGUGUCAGAGGUUGGGAGCUUGUCGUCUGCUCCUGCUUGAGCCUAGUCGUCUGGAUCUUCUGCUCCGCGUUCGCCUUAAUCUCAGCCAGGAUGAUGUGCUGUAUGCUCUGAAGGCAGACUGAGUGUGUGUGUGAGAGACAUGCUAAUUAACUUAAAGAAGCUUUAUAUUAAACCUCAGUAAGCUGAGAUGGAGGUUGGUGCUGCCAGACCAGCUGAUCUCUUUAGAGGUUGACAAAAGUAGUGCAUUUUCUUUAAUUGCACUUGAUACAAUAUAUUUAAAAAAAUUUGAUUUUGUUUCCUUUUUAUUUUAGACCAGCAUUUUUGGCUUGUAGCAUUGAGCAUUUAAUUCUGUGUGCAACCUGUUUUUUGGUAGCAAUUUGGGCUUCUGAGAUAGGUAAAUCAUGAAUUUAUUGGUGUUGACCACAAAAUAAACUGACUGCAAAGCAAUAUUUUGUUUUUAA